UCUAAAAUAAGUGUUAAGAUAAACGUUGGUAUAAACAAAAGAGUGAUAUAACAUGAAAUGAUAUGAUAUGACGUUAUUCUGCGACCUUGGAAUUCUAUACAACUCUCCGUUGAAAACGUCCCAGGUUUACACGUUGAAACUGUAGUUUUCGAUAUUAGGUAAAUGUGUAAGUCUGAUCCUUGUCUUUGCUCUAUCUUUUUUUCGCAAAUAGCAAUGCGCUAUCUUUUUUUGCAAAAUAGACUCUGCAGAUGAUAAAAUUAAAUGGUACAAAAGUGUAUUUUGACGGUACCGGACCUUAUUUCACCAGUCUUGAACAAUAUUUAGCACGACUUACUGCGCAAGCGCGGACCAACAUCCGGGAUCAAGUUGUACAUGACACCGACGUAUGUAAUGUCAACGCGCAAUUAUACUCUUCAAUUGUGUUAUUUUAUUAACAUAUAUUUGCGUGUAUUUGAUGUUCUUUGAGCAAACAUUCGAAUCUGAUGUUUGUUUUGAAGACUGUGGAAUGGGUUAUAGCGUCCUCGUAAGAGGUGUUCCUACCGGCAUUAGCUUGCAUAAGUUUCAAAUUUGGCUGAAAAGCGAAGUGAAGUCUUUUGAAAGUUUGUCCAAAGCCUAUGAAAUUAAUGCACUUAACUUAUCGCUGACAAAUCAACAAGAGUCGAAUGAUAUAAUUCACAAAACUCUACAGUAUAGUUUCGGUGGAGUGGAACACAAUAUCACCUUUGAAAAAUCAACCCCCACAAUUCCGCCAAAACCCGACCCUUAUCUUUCUUCACCCAUUCCCACCCAAGACCUUGUAACAGAUCCACCCGGUCGCCCUAAUAUACAUUCGACAAAUAAAAGUCCGGAAUGCGACAAGUCGACCUAUACACAUACGUCAGCAAUGCAACCCGAAAAUGACGUUCCCAACACUGCGACAAACAGAAAUCUGGGAGAUUUCAAGCAUUAUCAGCGGAGGCCAGAUCUAAUUUAUUCGCAAGCGAACGAAGAUGUGGUCAUGAUAUUGAAUAAAUAUGAAGUUGAGGUUGUAAGAUUUUGGCAAACAUCCCAACAACUGCCAUGUAUUUGGGUAAAGUAUGAAGUCCAUGAUGUUUCUUCUGAUAAAAGAGUUCAAAAAAUCAACUUACCAAAAGAAAAUGUGGUGGGGUUCAUGCAGGAAUUUCAAUCUCUACAUAAUGAAGCGAACAAUAAAACUGUACAUCAAUUUUUGAAUGUCCCUGAAAGUUCAGAAAUUAUUAAGAGUCAAAUAAAAUCAUUGAAUAAUUCAUGCAGAACAGCUCACUGUGCUUUUUAUUACAAUGCACCAUGCUUGGUGGUUAUAAUGGGAACAGAUGAUUCUUUGUUGGAUCAUUGUCACAGACAACUACUCAAGUCAAGUCAACCAAUCACAAAAUCAAACUUCGGUCAACAUGUUGAUGUUCAGGUUCUGUCUACUGUCAAAGAUGAUGAAUCCAGCUCAGUGAAACAAGCAAAACAUGAACCACAAAAUCUGAGUGAUAAACCCAGGUCAUUAAAGUUGCAUGAAGUUUUGGGAAAAGAAUACACUGACACCAUUACCAUGAACAAAGAUGUAUAUACCAACAUAGAACUCUACAGGGCCAAAGAUAUUAAGGAGAUAUGUAAAAGGCACCAAAUCAAGAUCAAAACAAGGGUAGCUGAUCAAGAUAAUUUAUACAUUGACUUCAUCCUUUCUGGAAGCAGCGACAAAAUUUCUAAAGCUAUUAAAGAAUUUCAAAUGUUAGACCAAGAUGCAACGGUGCAAAUGAAGCCAGUUAAUAAAAGGACAAUUAGUGUUGUGGAAACUGACAAAACGGGUUUGGGAAUCAAAGAACAAGUUAUCAUGCUUUCAGAUGACAAAAAAACUUUAAGAGAAACUCAUAAUUACACUGAAGUUUACAAGUUUAUGACUAAAGUUGGCAUUAGUGUAUCAGUUGGUCAUGGCAACAUAGCACUUCAAGAUGUAGAUGCAAUUGUCAGCGAUUCAAACCCACAUAUUAUGAGGGCGGAGAUCGCUGGAGCUAUAUUUCAAAAAGGGGGUCCGGACUUCAUUCAACUUUGUCGAGAAGCUGUAAAACUUCGUUAUUUUCGACCAUUAACCGUUGGUGAAGUGAUUUCUGUCAAGGCAACUGGAGGUCUGCAGUGCAAAAGAGUUUUGCAUGUAGUUGUACCACAGUGGAAAACGUACUCAGACAAACAAGAAGCCUACAAAUUGCUUGAAGAUGGCUUAUUAUCAGUUUUAAAGGAAUCUGACCAAUGUCGAGCAACGACACUUGCUCUGCCUCUUGUAGCUACUGGAAUUUAUGGACCACUCAAUGUUUUUGUACAUGCAAUAAGCAAAGCAUUGGUAAUUUUCGAGACCACGUAUAAACCUAUACUCACUUCCAUCAGAAUUCUCUCAAGUAACCAUUCAAUUGUAAAUGAGUUGGCCUUCAUCUUUUCCUCUGCAGGGGGCAAACUGUAUUCUUUAUGUCUUGAUUCAUCUAGUCUUAGUAGGAAUAAACAGCCACUGGAAGUUGUGUACGGUCGUCGCAACAGCCACCAACACCACACUGUUCAGAGAUCAGAAUCUUGCAUCCAAAAGUUUAUUUUUAUUAGAAAUUAUCAUUUUUUUUAGUUAAAAUUGAUAAUUAUUUAUUUAUACAUGGUGAAUUCUCCAAUAACAUUGAUGAUAAAAGUGGUAACAUUUAUAUAUACUGUGUAGAAAUUACUAUUAAUUUGUUUAUAUAUUAUUACUCUUUGAUUUAUAUUACACUAUUAAAAAGUUUUAAAUUUACCUAUAUCUUCAAUCUAUGCAUUAUGUGCUUUAAAUUAAAAUAAUGUUCAGAAUUUUAGUCAUAGGUGACCAGAGAACUAGAAGUUAAAUAUAAGUUUUGUAUUUAUGUGGACCAUUGUGUGAUUAAUGAAGGAUGUUGGUAAUGCUAGGUAGUGUGGAAAAACUUUAAAACUACAGCAAAGCAGGGCUCUGAUAAAUUUGUUUAAAGGACUAUUUGCACAGAGGUGUUUUACAGCAGACACUGCUCACUCUAAUAAUAAUUUUUGAUAGAGAUUAUGACAGCUAUAUUUUUGAGAAAUGAAUAACAAUAAACAUUACAAGGUAUUUUACUUAUAAAAGAUCAAAUCAACAAUUAGGCAGUUACAAGAAAUCCAAGAAAAUGGACAUACCAUAUUUUUUAAA